GACAUGCAGACUCUAGGGUUUUUGCCUAGCCAGUUUUUAUCUACAAACUACCAGCUAGUAGUAGCUCUUCCUUUUCAUUCAAAUCUAAUCCUUAACUAAACUCACACUUUCAAAUUAAGUAUGAGGAAGAGACGCAGGGAAGCCGAUCUUGAAACAACCCCUAAUCCUUCCGAGAUAGGGUUGGAUGAUUUGCAGGUCUUAGUAACGCCUAAGAAUAAUCAGAAGAAGGUUGUAACAACCACGGAGAACGGUUUGGGUGAUUCAGAGAUCUCAAGAACGCCCAAAAACCAGCAAGAGGACAAGAAGCGGCAGAAGAAGCAAAAGAAGGUUAAUCAAGAUACCUUAUUGAAGCCUAAAAAGCUGCAGAAACACAAGUUGCGUAAUAAGAAGAAGCAGAAGAAGGUUGCGACAACCACCGAGCAUUUUGAGAUAGAUUCUGAUGAUCCUAAGAAGCUCAAGAAGAUAACAAUAAUUGAUGAAUUAAGCGAUCGUUGUGAACGAGAUGACUGAAAUUGUCAAAAAACUAAAGAAGACUUCAGAUCUACUUGAGAAGGUAUGUCUUACGGUACUUGUUAAGCUAUUGUAUUGUAUGUUGAGGA